AUGGCCGCCGGGCGUGGUACGGGCACUGUGCUAAUAGCUGCGCGGUCUUAACGUUGUAUCCUCUGGCAAGGUUUGCGGCGCUACGAGCGGGUUCUGCAGAGCCGAGGGCGCCGUCCUCGGCCAGGCCGUGACACGGUGAAUUAAAGUCGGCCUUAGAUUUCUGUGAAAAUGUCGGUUCUUAUAUCACAGAGUGUGAUAAACUAUGUGGAAGAAGAGAAUAUUCCUGCCCUGAAAGCUCUUCUUGAGAAGUGCAAAGAUGUGGAUGAGAGGAAUGAGUGUGGCCAGACGCCGUUGAUGAUAGCUGCUGAACAGGGCAAUGUGGAAAUAGUGAAAGAACUGAUUAAGAAUGGAGCCAACUGUAACCUGGAAGAUCUGGAUAACUGGACUGCACUUAUAUCGGCAUCUAAAGAGGGGCACGUCCACAUUGUGGAGGAGCUGCUGAAGAACGGAGCCAGCCUGGAGCACCGGGACAUGGGGGGAUGGACAGCUCUCAUGUGGGCAUGCUACAAAGGCAGGACGGAGGUUGUCGAGUUGCUUCUGUCUCAUGGUGCCAACCCAAGUGUCACUGGUUUGUACAGUGUCUACCCAAUCAUUUGGGCAGCAGGCAGAGGCCAUGCCGACAUAGUGCAUCUUCUGCUGCAGAAUGGUGCGAAAGUCAAUUGCUCUGACAAGUAUGGCACCACCCCUCUGGUUUGGGCUGCCCGGAAGGGUCAUUUGGAGUGUGUGAAGCAUUUGCUGGCCAUGGGAGCUGAUGUUGAUCAAGAAGGAGCUAAUUCGAUGACUGCACUUAUUGUGGCAGUGAAGGGAGGCUACACACAAUCAGUGAAAGAGAUUUUGAAAAGGAAUCCAAAUGUGAACCUAACUGACAAGGAUGGAAACACAGCCCUGAUGAUUGCAUCGAAGGAGGGACAUAUAGAGAUUGUGCAGGAUCUGCUGGACGCUGGAACAUACGUGAACAUACCUGACAGGAGUGGGGACACUGUAUUGAUCGGCGCUGUGAGAGGCGGUCACGUUGAAAUUGUUCGGGCACUUCUCCAAAAAUAUGCGGACAUAGACAUUAGAGGGCAGGACAACAAGACGGCGCUGUACUGGGCUGUUGAGAAGGGAAAUGCGACAAUGGUGAGGGAUAUCCUGCAGUGCAAUCCAGAUACGGAAAUAUGCACGAAGGAUGGCGAGACACCACUAAUAAAGGCCACCAAGAUGAGAAACAUUGAAGUGGUGGAGCUGCUGCUGGACAAGGGGGCUAGGGUGUCUGCUGUGGACAGGAAAGGUGACACUCCCCUGCAUGUUGCCAUCCGAGGGAGGAGCCGGAGACUGGCAGAACUUCUUUUAAGGAACCCCAAAGAUGGGCGGUUACUUUACAGGCCCAACAAAGCUGGCGAGACUCCGUACAACAUCGACUGCAGCCACCAGAAAAGCAUUUUAACUCAAAUAUUUGGAGCCAGACACUUGUCUCCCACGGAAACAGACGGUGACAUGCUUGGUUAUGAUUUGUAUAGCAGCGCCCUGGCAGACAUUCUCAGUGAGCCCACCAUGCAACCACCCAUCUGUGUGGGCUUGUAUGCACAGUGGGGAAGUGGGAAGUCGUUCUUACUCAAGAAACUAGAAGAUGAAAUGAAGACAUUUGCAGGACAGCAGAUCGAGCCCCUUUUCCAGUUCUCAUGGCUUAUAGUGUUCCUCACCCUGCUGCUGUGUGGCGGGCUCGGCCUAGUGUUUGCUUUUACAGUGGAUACAAACCUCGCCAUAGCAGUCUCACUGAGUCUCCUGGCUCUCCUAUAUAUAUUCUUCAUCGUCAUUUACUUUGGUGGACGGCAGGAAGGAGAGAGUUGGAACUGGGCCUGGGCUCUCAGUACCAGACUGGCAAGACACAUUGGGUACCUGGAGCUCCUCUUCAAACUGAUGUUUGUGAACCCACCUGAACUACCAGAGCAAACUACAAAGGCUUUGCCUGUGAGGUUCUUGUUUACAGAUUACAAUAGACUCUCCAGUGUGGGAGGAGAAACUUCCUUGGCUGAGAUGAUUGCGACCCUCUCCGAUGCAUGUGAGAGAGAAUUCGGCUUUUUGGCUACCCGGCUUUUUAGAGUAUUCAAGACUGAAGAUACUCAGGGUAAAAAGAAAUGGAAAAAAACAUGCUGUCUCCCAUCUUUUAUCAUCUUUCUUUUUAUUAUUGGCUGCAUUAUUGCUGGAAUUACUCUUUUGGCUAUAUUCAGAGUUGACCCAACACACCUGACGGUGAACGCGGUCCUCAUCUCCGUUGUGUCGGUCGUGGGGUUGGCCUUUGUGCUGAACUGUCGGACAUGGUGGCAAGUGCUGGACUCUCUCCUGAAUUCUCAGAGAAAGCGUCUCCAUAGUGCUGCCUCCAAAUUACACAAGCUGAAGAGUGAAGGAUUCAUGAAAGUCCUGAAGUGUGAGGUGGAGCUGAUGGCCAGGAUGGCCAAAACCAUUGACAGCUUCACUCAAAACCAGACGAGGCUGGUGGUUAUCAUUGACGGUCUGGAUGCCUGUGAGCAAGAUAAAGUCCUUCAGAUGCUGGACACUGUCCGAGUUCUGUUUUCAAAGGGCCCCUUUAUUGCCAUUUUUGCAAGUGAUCCACAUAUUAUUAUAAAGGCCAUCAACCAGAACCUGAAUAGUGUGCUUCGUGAUUCAAAUAUAAAUGGACACGACUAUAUGCGCAAUAUAGUUCAUUUACCAGUUUUCCUUAAUAGUCGUGGGCUUAGCAAUGCCAGAAAAUUUCUUGUAACUUCAGCAACAAAUGGGGACAUUUCGUGCUCAGAUACCACAGGAGUACAGGAGGAUGCUGACAGAAGAGUCUCACAGAACAGCCUUGGGGAGAUGACAAAGCUUGGUAGCAAAACAGCUCUCAACAGAAGGGAUACUUACCGCAGAAGACAGAUGCAGAGAACCAUCACGAGACAGAUGUCCUUCGAUCUCACAAAGCUGCUGGUCACUGAGGAUUGGUUCAGUGACAUCAGUCCUCAGACCAUGAGACGGUUACUCAAUAUUGUUUCUGUGACAGGACGGCUACUAAGAGCCAAUCAGAUUACUUUCAACUGGGACAGGCUAGCCAGCUGGAUCAACCUUACCGAGCAGUGGCCGUACCGGACAUCCUGGCUCAUACUGUAUCUGGAAGAGACUGAAGGUAUUCCUGACCAGAUGACGUUAAAGACCAUCUAUGAGAGAAUAUCAAAGAAUAUCCCAACAACUAAAGAUGUUGAGCCACUUCUUGAAAUUGAUGGAGAUAUAAGAAAUUUUGAAGUGUUUUUGUCUUCAAGGACUCCAGUUCUUGUGGCUCGAGAUGUAAAGACCUUUUUGCCGUGCACAGUAAACCUGGACCCCAAACUGCGGGAGAUCAUUGCCGAUGUUCGAGCUGCAAGAGAGCAGAUCAACAUAGGAGGCCUUGCGUAUCCUCCGCUCCCUCUACAUGAAGCCCCUCCUCGGCCACCUUCUGGGUACAGUCAGCCUGCAUCCGUCUGCUCCUCUUCAGCAUCUUUCAACGGGCCGUUCCCGGGCGGGGUUGUGUCCCCACAGCCUCACAGCAGCUAUUACAGCGGCUUGUCCGGACCCCAGCACCCCUUCUACAACAGGCCAUUCUUUGCCCCAUACCUUUACACGCCAAGGUAUUACCCUGGCGGUUCCCAACAUCUCAUCUCACGUUCAUCAGUAAAAACGAGUUUGCCCAGAGAUCAGAACAAUGGCCUAGCAUCCGUCCCUGCCACAGGCCCCUCACUGUUGCUGAGUUCCAUGACUGUGGAUGUCGUGUGUGAGAAACUGAGGCAGAUAGAAGGGCUGGACCAGAGCAUGCUGCCUCAGUAUUGCACAACAAUCAAAAAGGCAAACAUAAAUGGCCGGGUAUUGGCUCAGUGUAAUAUUGAUGAGCUGAAGAAAGAAAUGGCUAUGAACUUUGGAGACUGGCAUCUUUUCAGAAGCAUGAUCUUAGAAAUGAGAAGUGUGGAAAACCAGGUGGUCCCUGAAGACCCACGUUUUCUUAAUGAAAACUCCAGUGCCCCAGUUCCUCAUGGGGAACCUGCUCGCCGCUCUUCUCACAGUGAACUUCCCCACACGGAGCUUUCCAGCCAGACCCCCUAUACCCUGAACUUCAGCUUUGAAGAACUGAACACACUUGGCCUAGAUGAGGUAGCCCCACGGCACAGCAAUCUGAGUUGGCAGUCACAAACUCGCAGAACCCCAAGUCUCUCGAGUCUCAAUUCCCAGGACUCCAGUAUUGAAAUUUCAAAGCUUACUGAUAAGGUGCAGGCUGAGUACAGAGAUGCCUAUAGAGAGUACAUUGCUCAGAUGUCCCAGUUAGAAGGGGGCACAGGGUCGUCAACAAUAAGCGGCAGAUCUUCUCCACACAGCACAUACUACAUAGGUCAGAGUUCUUCAGGGGGCUCCAUUCAUUCUAAUCUAGAACAGGAAAGGGGGAAGGAGAGUGAGCUAAAGCAGGAGGAUGGGCGGAAGUCAUUUUUAAUGAAGAGGGGGGAUGUCAUAGAUUACUCCUCAUCAGGGGUGUCCACUAAUGAGGCCUCACCCCUGGACCCCAUUACUGAAGAAGAUGAGAAAUCUGACCAGUCAGGUAGUAAGCUACUGCCAGGCAGGAAAUCCUCAGAACGGCCCAGUCUCUUCCAGACAGACUUGAAGCUUAAGGGAAGUGGUCUGCGCUAUCAGAAACUGCCCAGUGAUGAAGAUGAGUCUGGUACAGAAGAGUCAGAUAAUACCCCACUGCUCAAAGAUGAUAAGGAUAAAAAGGCUGAAGGCAAAGCAGAGAGAGUGGCCAAGUCUCCAGAGCACAGUGCCGAGCCUAUCAGAACAUUCAUUAAAGCAAAAGAAUAUUUGUCAGAUGCCCUCCUUGACAAAAAAGAUUCCUCAGAUUCAGGCGUGAGAUCCAAUGAGAGUUCUCCCAACCACUCUCUCCACAAUGAGGCGGCAGAUGACUCCCGACUGGAAAAGGCAAAUCUCAUUGAGCUUGAAGACGAGGGCCACAGUGGGAAGCGGGGGAUGCCACACAGUCUGAGUGGCCUGCAGGAUCCAAUUAUAGCUCGGAUGUCCAUUUGCUCGGAAGACAAGAAAAGCCCUUCCGAGUGCAGCCUGAUCGCUAGCAGCCCUGAAGAAAGCUGGCCUGCAUGCCAGAAGGCCUACAAUCUAAACCGAACGCCCAGCACUGUGACUCUGAACAACAACACUGCACCCACUAACAGAGCCAACCAGAACUUUGACGAGAUAGAGGGAGUCAGGGAGACGUCCCAGGUCAUUCUGAGGCCUGGGCCCAGUCCCAACCCAACUGCUGUGCAGAAUGAAAACCUGAAGAGCAUGCCGCACAGGCGAAGCCAGCGUUCCAGUUACACAAGGCUCUCGAAAGAUGCGUCGGAGCUGCAUCCAGCCUCCUCAGAUAGCACGGGCUUUGGAGAAGAGAGAGAAAGCAUUCUCUGAGGAAAAGACAAGUGAAGUAGCGUUGUCCUGCCCGAGGACAAGAGUGUCAUAGACUCUGAGCUGACCCAUCCCCAUUAUUCAUCACAGACACCUGACAGGUGGUCAGGCACGUGGGGAAGCGAGAGGACGGUCACCAGUCAUCUCCAUUGUCACCAUCAUCACGGGCACUUUAACGUCUCACUACCAUUGUUCUGCCCUUUCUUGGCACACAGCUAUGCAGAGUGAUAAGAACAGGCUGAAUACAUAAAUAGGUCAGAAGUAUAUUUAAAGUUGAAAGGGCUUAUAUCACAGGGAAAACGUCUAGAGAUCUCCUUUAUAAACUAGUCAUGUAACAUUUGAGGGAAGAUAUAGUGUUAGAUGAAGCAGAAACCAGUUUCGCUGUUAGUGUUUAAUCUUGAGGCAGAUUUAUAGGUUUUAGAGUAGCUCAGAGACUAAAAGUGAAUACGUAGCAAAUGGAUACCGAGUGUUCUGUAUAAGAAUCAUUGCUUUUAAGAGGUCUUAAAAUUUAAGUAGAAAAUACUAAAGAGGGCGAUAAACGUUGAUGAGAAGGUGAGUUAGCAGAACCAACGCAGUGGCCUGGGCCGUGUUGAACGUUAGCAGAGAAGGUGAAGAAGGACAGUAUAUUCCUGGAUACUCUGUCCAGACCCAGGCCUGGCUUCCAACACCAUCCACCUGUGCCCUUACAACCGUCUUAGUCUGUUCUGCAACUCUUAAGUAAUACACCUAACUUAGCUCAUGGCUAAAGAAAAAAAAUUUUUUAGUGGUACUAUGAUUAAACUCAGGACCUCACAAAUCUAAAUUCUGUAUUGAUUAGCUACAUCCCCAGCCCCAGGCAUGAGUCCUUCCUCCAGAUACUUGGGAAGACAUGGGUAUAAGAGUCCAGUAAGCUCUUAGUGAAGGUGUUGGGGAGUUAUUCCGUUAAAGGAGUUAGAGACAGUGACACUAGACAAAUGACAGUAUUUAGUUUGCUAACAUUAAAUCACUGCCUUCUGUAUUGCAAUAGUUAAUGUAUCUGUUCCUAAAUCAGCAUUUUAGUUCUGGGGAGAAAUUAUAAAAAACGGAGUCAUGGUUUUAAAAAGGAAUUUGAAAGCAUACAACAAAACAAAGACUGAGUCAGAGCUGGUGUGAUCAUGGCACUUUGGAUUAUUCUUAGCAAAGCUAGGAGAAUGACCACAUACAUUUAAGUAUCAUGUAGGCUAGAGGUGUGCCUGCAUCAUCAUGCAUUGAGACUGUUUUGUCAUUUGAUCAUAGCGUGUUUGAGUAGAUCGGUUCUAGCGGUGUGUCCUGAGCAUGAGUAGGACGGUAGACGGUGGUGUUGCAGGCUUAGUGCUCGUUGAGGUGUCCAUCACUGGACUGUGUGUUCACUUGACACUGUGCUGGCAGCUGCUCUGUGUUUCACUGCCUUGCUGUUUGAGUGUAAUUAAGCAUUUUCAUGAAGUGCAUAUGUUGCAUGAUCUUUAACAGGUAUUUUUAAACAUGAAAACAGCACGAUGUUACUGAUAGUAUGCAUUAGUAGUAUGCAAUGUCAUGUAAUGGGUACUGAGAGGCAGUUUGGGUUCUCUCCAGGUGAGUAGUUACAGCUCACAGUUCUUUAUUCACUGUCUGUGAAGUCAAUGCUGGAGUGCCAAGUGCACACAGAGACUAGGAACAAUAAAGAGUUGCAUGCCAUCCUGA